CAGAAGUGUUUGGUGUGCUCCGUCAUCAACACGUAUAUACCAUCAACCUCUAUCAGCAUUGCUCUGACAGUUUCCAGGGAGUUGAAUACAUUGUUGUCCCGUCUAUCGUGGCCGCUGACGUUGAGACAAUAGAUACUCUCAGGAAAGAUGGUCAGCGGAGGUCGAGAAUGUAUCAGCAUCCACGUGGGUCAGGCUGGUGUGCAGAUGGGGAACGCCUGCUGGGAGCUAUACUGCCUCGAGCAUGGUAUCCAGACAGAUGGUACCAUGCUUCAUGAUGAGAGUGUGGGCUACGAGGCAGAUGACUCCUAUAAUACCUUCUUCAGUGAGACCAGGACGGGUAAACACGUCCCCAGGGCUGUCUUCAUAGAUCUUGAACCUACCGUCAUUGACGAGAUCAAGACUGGCACUUACAAGUCCCUCUUCUCCCCAAACACACUUCACACUGGCAAGGAGGAUGCUGCUAACAACUACGCUCGUGGUCACUACACUGUUGGUAAGGAGCAGCUGGAUGUCGUCAGGGAGAGCAUUAGGAAACAGGCGGAUCAGUGUUCAGGUCUCCAGGGCUUCCUCGUCUUCCAUUCCUUUGGUGGAGGCACUGGCUCGGGCUUCGGCUCCCUCUUAAUGGAGUACCUCUCCCUCGAAUACGGGAAAAAAUCCAAACUCUGCUUCUCUAUCUACCCCGCCCCUCAGGUCUCGACGGCAGUGGUUGAACCUUACAACUCUAUACUGUUCACACAUACAACGCUGGAGCACGCAGAUGUGACCUUCAUGGUGGAUAACGAAGCCAUCUACGACCUCUGUCAGAAAGAGCUGCACAUCACACGACCUACCUACACCAAUCUCAACCGCAUGAUUGGCCAGGUCGUCUCCAGUAUCACAGCCUCGCUUAGGUUUGACGGAGCCCUCAAUGUUGACCUGACGGAAUUCCAGACCAAUUUGGUGCCCUACCCCAGGAUACAUUUUCCACUGGCAACUUAUGCUCCUGUAGUGUCUACAGAAAAUGCCUUCCACGAGAACUUUGAUGUUCGGUCUAUAACUGCGAAGUGCUUCGACACUUCCCACCAGAUGGUGAAGUGCGACCCAAGGAAAGGUAAAUACAUGGCCUGCUGUCUGUUGUUCCGCGGUGAUGUAGUUCCGAAAGACGUCAGCGCCGCCAUUGCCGAGACCCGUACGAAGAAAAAUAUCACCUUUGUUGACUGGUGCCCGACGGGUUUUAAGGUGGGAAUCAACUACCAGCCCCCGACUGUUGUUCCUGGCGCUGACUUGGCUAAGAUAGACAGAGCUGUGUGCGCCCUCUCCAACACUACUGCUAUCAAAGAUGCCUGGGAACGCCUCGAUCAUAAGUUUGACUUGAUGUACUCCAAGAGAGCCUUUGUACACUGGUAUGUUGGAGAAGGCAUGGAAGAAGGAGAGUUUGCCGAGGCGCGAGAAGACUUAGCAGCGCUGGAGAUGGAUUACCAGGAAGUGGAACAGAACCCACCUGAAGAAAAUGAAGACAAUGAUUACUAGAUGCAGCUCCACAAUGAUUACCAGCUGCUGCUUGAUAAUGAUUACCAGCUGCUGCUUGAUAAUGAUUACCAGCUGCUCCUUGAUAAUGAUUACCAGCUGCUCCUUGAUAAUGGUUACCAGCUUUUUGACAAUGGUUGCUAGCUGCUAUUUGAUAAUGGUUACUAUAUUGUACAGGGUAUGGAGAUACUGACAAGAAGUGGAAGACACGUACUUUUAUGACUUUAAAGAAAACAUUUUACCAAGAGUGUCUUCAUCAGUUCUAAUAGAGACGGAGGUAGGCAACAUGAAACGAGAAGGCAGUCAUUUGCUGCCAGGAGUGGAAUCACUACUGCCAGCUUGUAAUGCCGUUUGUAAAAUAGUAUACUGUGGUGGCUGUGUCUUGGCUGGCCAACAAAUUAAUUGCUACACAGAGAUAAAACUCGUGGAACAGGGAGUGUGUGGACCUAGUAACGACCAACGAAGCAGGAGGGCCAAGAGCUGUGGCUCAACCCCUGCAACCACAAAUAAGCGAGUGUGUGAAUUCUGUGGGAUGGUGUUUGAGAUCCUAAUGAGGUUUGAUAAACUAAUCAUCCAUGAAAAUAACCUGUGCUGACAGAAAUGCUUAGUAGGCUCCCUUAGAGCAAUCUCAAACACCAUCCCACAGAGGUCAGGCAGUUUUGGUGUCUUUUAAAUAAUGUAUUUGGCAAUUAACUUGUUACCCAACCUUGAUACAGCAAUCAUGCAACACCAACUCGUGUGUACCAUCCCGUGGUAUCCACUACUCAUCAAGUGACCCCAGCCGAUUGCUGUACCACUUCAUGUUGCCUGUCUUCAACUACUAUGUAUGCUCCAGUCUUAGUCAUCUGUUAUGGGAUGAUAAGCCAUCUUGAUAAAAUGCAUGUACUGUAAUACCGAAGAGAUGACGAACAAAACACGUGCAACACCUGGGUAUCUUUAUUUCGUAGACACCAGGACCUUUAUCAAUCUAACAGACAUGAGAAAGGCUUUUAUAGGGAAGCCAGGAAGGUGGUGAUGGUAGCAGUCACAGCAUGGUAGAGGCUUGCUAGUGGAGAUGUAAUUUUAUUUGAUAACUAUGGAAGUAGUGGACAGGUUUGAUGAGCAAUACAGCCUUUCCUCACUUAACGACGGAGUGCCAUUCCUAAGAUGUCGGUAAAUGAAUUCGUCACUAAGCUUGGAGCAUACUAUAAUGGUAGUAGGUUUGUCAACCACCUUUGAUAUUGUUUUACUGUCACAGUUGCACCAUUUAUAACUUUUUUGUAUAUUUUUAAAAGUUUAUACAGUAGUGUACUGUAUAUUGUAAUAAAAAGAAUAGAGGAAAUCAGCUCUAAUAUACAUUUAUGUAUGUAUACUGGUCAGAAAGCCAGUCGUAAGUCCGUAAGUCAGUAAACGAGUAUGUCGCUAAGUGAGGAGAGGCUGUAUAAUAGGAACAGUAGUAGUAAUAAUACCAAUAGUGGUGGUGAUGGUAGUCGCCUAAUCUUAUGUGACCUCUGGUUCAACUACACACCCUUACUUUCACCUCUGGUUCCACUACAUCUCAUUUUUCAUGGUUUGUAUUGGAUAAAUAAAGCCCCCUCAUGGAGAAAGUAUCACUUGUGCCCAAAUAUUUCUCGUGUUUUAUUUAUCAAGUAACUGAUAAAACAAGUAACAUGGGGGUCUCUUGGUUUUAGUUUAGUUUAAUAUAUUUAUUAUGUACCCCAUAGCCAUCCUGCGGGUAGUAGUCAAAAGAUUACAGAGGCACGUAAUGGUAAUGAGCUAUUUACAUGCUUAUAUCUGGUAAUAUAAUGAGUUACAGUGACAUGAACCAUCACAAAAAUAUUAGUGUAGUUAUAUAUGGUUCUGAGUUAUUUUCAUUACUAAAUUAUUUAAGCAAAGUACGGGUGAGAAAAAUAUGGGAAAUAGUAGCUAGUAAUAGUUUAAUUUUAAUGUUAGAUGGACAAAACAGUUAAUACAUAGGUCAAACAUUGUUUAAAGGUAGGAUAUAAAUCAAACAAUUUUGUUUAUAGGUGGGUAGGAUAGAGAUAAGACAGAAUACAAAUGCAGACUGGUAGAAUGUUAUAUGCAUGGAGAAGCACUCCAUCUAUAAGGGUCAUAGUGUUCAGGGAGGAGGGGGAGGUAAUCAUGUUCAAUUCAAAGGGAGAGUUGCUCUAGCACCUUGGAUAAAGAGCCCUUGGCAGAAUUGAGGGACUUCCACAAAUCCUUGAAAGGGUGGAAGAAAGCUUGUAAUGGGUGGGAGGUAGUUGACAUGAAUGCAUGUGAAUGACCAGUAAAAUGCUUUAACUUUUUGGGAGGAUUGGGGGCAUUGAACCCAUAAGGGCUGUACAGUGCCUGGAGAACUGGGGGCAAUUAAAUUCAAUCCCAUGAAUUAAAAGCCCCUCUCACCAUGAGGAAUGGUAGAAUGUUAAGAGGUGGGUGGGAGACAGUCAACAAGCAAAAUGCACGUGAAGGACUGACAGAACAGUAACAGAUUGGUUGGUUAAUGGGGUUGAAAACCUAUCAAUUUAAU